GAGCAAGGUGAAUGGAAGGUGGUGAAGGUGAAGGACAAGUUUACGGCUACAGAGGGCGCCUGGAGGAACCUGCUGUCGACACCCACACUAUAAAAGCCGGGGCGACAACGUCUCUACAUCAGUACCUCCCUGACACACUCACCAUGAAGUUCGUGAUCCUCGCCGCCCUCGCCGCUGUGGCUGUCGCCGCACCCAAGCCUGACUACGCUCAGUCCCACGAGAGUGUAGAGCAUGUGCCCAUCCUGAAGGACGUCCGUGUUCACGAGGACGAUGGCAGCUACAACUUCGACAUAGAGACUGGCAACGACAUCGUCCUAUCCCAGUCUGGCUCUCCUGACGGUCCUGAUGGCGCCGUGGUGAAGUCUGGAAGUUAUUCCUACACCGCUCCUGACGGCACCCCAGUUCAUGUGACGUUCGUCGCCGACGAGAACGGCUACCAGCCCCAGUCUGACCUGCUGCCAGUGGCUCCCGCCUUCCCCCACCCAAUCCCUCAGUUCGUGCUGGACCAGAUCGCCUUCGCUGCUGCAGAAGACGCUGCCCGCGGCUCUGAUGAGUCUGCUGAAGGUCCUUACCGCACCUACAGUGCCCCUUAAGAACUUUGGCUUCUAAUAAUGGCUUUUGUGAUCUUCAAACGUAUUUAUUGUAUUUAUUUUGAAAUAAAUUUAUCAUAGAACUGUAAA